CUGUCAGGCAGUGGAUAAGGCUGGAGCAGAAUGACACUAGCGGCCAGCAUUGAGGACGUGUUAUACAGUGUACGGCCACAGUCAGGCACUCACACACUAGAACUGCUACUACAUCAUCUCCUCGGCCAGUUUGUAUGUUAAUCUCAACUAUAUGAUUGCUGUACAUUAUGAAGAUGUGAAUUAACUGAAUGGUGAAGGCUGGUGUGAGAUGAUAGAAGCCUUGAGAUGGACAUUUCGUUAUGACAGCAGACGACAUUUCGUACUAAGAUGUUUCGCGUGAGAUUCUGUAGCACGUGAUGAGAGUUAUCCGAGGUGUACAUGACAACAUCUACCAGGUGUCUUCGUUUCAACCAGCAAUUCCGGUUACAAACAACUGUAUGCGCGCAAUCCUUCCGGUGGUGUCAGUACUUAAACAACCUCGGAUGUAUAUUUAGCAAAUUUCUUCUAAUUAUCACAUAAGUCACACGUGCAUACUUCGGAUUUCAACUUAAUAUCAGGUUGACAAGACACGCUUGUUACCAUGGCACUUAUUGAUGGACAGGAAACCUACAUAGGCCUUAUUCUCAAAUGGAUACAUGAUAACAACAGUACAGAGGGUGUUGAUUUCACACAACCGCACGUGCGGCGUUCCUUGCGUUAUGUUUACCCCUUAUUUAUGUUCCUCCAUGCUAUUGUUGGAGUGUUCGGAUUGGUUGGAAACAUCGCCAUUCUCGUUGUCAUCGGAAAACGAGGAUUGUACAAGGACCAAACAUUCUUCUUCUUAGGAAACAUUGCCUUCUCAGACCUAAUUAAGUGUAUGUUCGUCCUGCCUGUCACUUUGUCUAACUUAUUAAUCGGGAAUUGGGUCUUUGGAAGCUUUUUGUGUUUCUUUCUCCCUAUGAUGCAAUGCUUUCCAAUUCAUUCCACAAUGUUGACCUACUUGAUGAUAGCCAUUGACAGGUACCGUUUGAUAGUAACCCCAUUUAAAGCUCGAGCGCCAGCGGGGCUGUGUAUAAUUGGGGUUUGGGUGGCGGCUGUGUGUCUCGUGUUGCCUUUUGCCGUUUAUCUCCGCUAUAUUGACCUUGGAUCCAUUUUGGGUGACCGUUUUGAUGGAGUUGGCAUUUGUUAUGUAAACCAGGAACGUCACAUUGAGGAGUACAUCCGCGCCAUGUUUGUGACAUUGUAUGCAAUGCCUUUAGCUGUUAUUGGAUUCCUCUGUGUGAAAGUUUCUGCAGAGCUGAAAUCACUUGAGACGGUAUCUCUAUCGGUUCAUUUCUCAGCGCCAUCGGAAUUGUGCACGCAUUCCGAACAAUCGUAUAACUCGCGCAUCCGAUGGGCUGAUCCUGAUACUGAGUCUUCACGCUGCGACACAGACGUCCCGAGUAGCGAAUCAAGGUCUCCAAAGGACUACGCCGACGGCACCACACAGGAUAGUGAUGAUGACAUUGACCUCGUUAAGGAAAAGAGAACCCAAAAUUAUCUUAUCACCAUGGUAACACUGUUUGCGAUGUGUUGGUGCCCUCUGAAUAUUUUGAUUUUGGUACAAUUUUUCGUCCAUGAGAACGGUAACAACACUGGCCAUUUCGACAUCACGUAUACGACAUUCACUGUUUUUGGAUUCCUCUCCACGUGCAUCAAUCCUGUCCUAUUUGCCUCCUGGCGCAUGUCGAGCUCGACGAAAGACCGCUUACGAGGUUAUUUCCGGUUUAGCAGUAGAAGUCGAACAGGAAGCCAGGUUUGAUAAUGGAAAAUCACAGGGAGACGUCGACAGCAAAGAAAAACAUAAAGCCUUGAGAGUGAUGAUUCCUCAGCGUGACCUGUCGUGCCAUUUACAUACUGUAAAAAUCUGUCAAAGGUCAGCAUACUUUUAGUUAAAAGAUUGGACUAAAUUAAUCGUUUCUGAUUGAAUUUGGAACAUCUGUUACUUGUUUAAUAAGCAUUGAUUAAAUACACAUCGUUAUUAGGGCCCCGUAUCGGAGAUACGGGUGCCCUAUAGUAAUCAAUC